UCGUCAAAGGCCAAGACUAAAAUGCUUUGUUGCCUAUUCAGUGUGCUCCUUCCCCGCCCAAACGGUCUCUUCUGCUUCGGACCACCAACUCGCACUCUACGCGAUACUCUUACAAAAAUCCAUCUCCGGUCUCUACAUAUCCGUUUCCUUCUCAAUCUCUUGAGUCUUCCAUGUACUGUUCAAAAUAAGCCCUUCCAUCACCAUAGCGACAAUGGGUAACUCGAACACAAACGAGCCUCAGCCAGAUACAUCCGAUUCAGCAAAGACCCGCGACUCCAGGGUGCAGACGCUUGCUCGCGAAUACUCAGACAAAGCCUCACCUAAUGCACAACCCAUAUUUGGCAGCGACGACCCGGACUCUCCCCUCAAUCCGCGUGGCGAGCAAUUCAACGCACGCAUUUGGGCCACGAAUGUAGCUACCAUCGCCCAGGAACGCGGCCAGCGCUUCCGUCAAGUCGGCUUAUGUUUCCAGAACGUCAAUGUUUUUGGAUACGGCACUCCGACUGACUUCCAGAAGAACGUUGGCAACAUCUGGCUCGCUCUGCCAGGGAUGAUCCGCCGGCUCUUCGCCUCUAGGGCAGGUCAGACACGAAUCGAUAUCCUGCGCCAAUUUGACGGCAUCAUUCGUGCCGGCGAGAUGUGCGUUGUGUUGGGCCCGCCUGGUUCUGGCUGCUCCACCUUCCUCAAGACGAUAUCAGGCGACACGAACGGCCUUCAUGUCAACCAGAAUUCGUACUUCAACUACCAAGGCAUCUCGGCCAAGGAGAUGCACACUGCGCAUCGAGGGGAUUGCAUCUACACGGCUGAGGUCGAUGUCCACUUUCCCAUGCUGACAGUGGGCGAGACACUGACCUUUGCUUCGCGUGCCCGCUGCCAGCAGGAGCUACCGCCGGGCAUGUCUCGCGAUGAAUAUUGCGAACACCUUCGAGACGUCGUCAUGGCCAUGUACGGCAUCAGCCACACCAUCCAUACCAAAGUAGGAGACGAUUUCGUACGCGGUGUCUCGGGUGGAGAGCGCAAGCGUGUCACGAUUGCCGAGGCCACCUUAGCAGACGCUCCCUUCCAGUGCUGGGAUAACUCGACACGGGGUUUAGACUCAGCCAAUGCAAUUGAGUUCUGUAAGACCUUAAGACUCCAAUCUGAACUGUUCGGCCAGGCCUGCGCCGUAUCCAUGUACCAAGCUCCCCAGACUGCCUACGACCUCUUCGACAAGGUUUUACUCAUCUAUGAGGGACGUCAAAUCUACUUUGGCCCUGCACCCAGGGCGAAGGACUACUUCGUCAGGCUUGGCUUUGAGUGCCCGGCGCGCCAGACAACCCCUGACUUCCUGACAUCUAUCACUUUCCCCGCAGAACGCAUUCCUCGUCCUGACUGCAACCCGCCGCGGACAUCUGACGAGUUUGCAGCCGCUUGGAAGAACAGUCUGGAGUACGCGGCCCUGCAAGCCGAAAUCAACGAGUACAAAACGAAGCAUUCCAUCGAUGGCCCCGACGCUGAUACUUUUCGACAACUCAAGAAAGAACACCAGGCUCCGGGACAGCGCGUCAACUCGCCAUUCACCCUUACGUACGGGCAACAGGUCAAGCUUUGUAUGUGGCGCGGAUGGGCGCGCUUCAGAGCGGAUCCUUGGCCUGCAGUCUGGGUGAUGGUUGGGAAUACCAUCAUGGCUCUCAUCAUGUCCUCUUUAUUCUACAAUAUGAGCCAGAAUACAGGUUCAUUCUACGGCCGCUCUGUCGUUCUUUUCAUGGCCAUCCUGUUCAAUGCCUUCUCCUCUAUUCUCGAGGUCAUGACGCUCUACGCCCAACGGCCCAUUGUGGAGAAACAAUCUCGCUAUGCCUUUUACCACCCGUCGGCGGAAGCAUAUGCUUCUGUUUUAGUUGACAUGCCUAUGAAGAUCACCAGCACUAUAUCGUUCAACUUGGUGUUUUACUUCAUGACAAAUCUUCAUCGAGAACCCGGCAACUUCUUCUUCUACUUGUUGGUCGUAUUCCUCAUUGUCUUGGCCAUGUCAGGUGUCUUUAGGUUCAUCGGUUCGCUGUCACGAACGGAACAGCAAGCUAUGGUUCCGGCUUCGGUCAUGAUGCUUGCACUGCUCAUAUUCACUGGAUUCGUCGUGCCUGUCGACUACAUGCUGCCCUGGUGCCGGUGGAUCAACUAUGUAAACCCCGUGGCAUAUGGUUACGAAGCACUCAUGGUCAACGAGUUCCACAACCGCCAAUUUACAUGCACUGCCUAUAUACCCGACUAUGCAAACGCCACUACAAACAGUGGAGCUUGUGACGUUGUCGGCGCCGUUCCCGGUCAGUCUUACGUGGACGGAGAUGAUCAUAUCAACCUGGCUUUCAGCUACCAGCAUAGCCACAAGUGGCGCAAUGUCGGCAUCAUCAUCGCAAUGGUGGCUUUCAAUUAUUUCCUGUACUUCAUCGCGAGCGAGUAUGUCACAGCCAAGAAAUCCAAGGGUGAGAUCCUCGUCUUCCGUCGAGGCUAUGUCCCGAAUACUUCCACCAAGGGUGGCCACGAUCCCGAGAAGUCGCCAUCUAGCCCAGUCGCAGCUGUGCUGGAGACUCUAGGAUCACCAGAGAGCGACGCAGUUGGAGCCUUCCAGGGUUCUACAAGUGUUUUCCAUUGGAACAAUGUGUGCUACGAUCUGAAGACCAAGGGCAAACCUCGACGCAUCUUAGACAACGUCGAUGGCUGGAUCAAACCUGGUACUCUCACAGCCUUGAUGGGUGUUUCUGGUGCUGGAAAAACUACACUUUUGGACUGCCUAGCUAGUCGUCGUGUCGGUGUGGGUAUCAUCACCGGCGAGAUGUUGGUCGACGGGAAGAUAUGUGAUCAGAGCUUCCAGCGCAAAACUGGCUACGCUCAGCAGCAAGAUCUACAUCUCGAAACAACUACCAUCCGAGAGGCUCUGACGUUUUCUGCACUUCUUCGCCAGCCGUACAGUACCCCAAAGGCAGAGAAACUAGCAUACGUCGAAGAAGUCAUCAGAUUACUAGACAUGCAAGAGUAUGCUGAUGCCGUUGUUGGCGUACUCGGAGAAGGCCUCAAUGUUGAGCAACGCAAGCGCCUGACUAUUGGUGUUGAGCUAGUCGCCAAACCACCGCUACUUCUGUUUGUUGAUGAACCUACCUCGGGCCUUGACUCUCAAACCAGCUGGGCUGUCUUGGAUCUGCUAGAGAAGCUUUCCAAGGCUGGUCAGUCUAUCCUCUGCACUAUUCAUCAGCCUUCUGCAAUGCUGUUCCAGAGGUUCGACCGUUUGCUGUUACUCGCUGAAGGAGGCAAAUCAGUUUACUUUGGAGAUAUUGGUGACAACUCGAAGACUCUUAUCGACUACUUUGAGCUGAACGGUGCAAAGGCCUGUCCACCAGGAGCUAAUCCAGCCGAGUGGAUGCUCGAGGCUAUUGGCGCUGCCCCUGGUACUUCCUCCGAAGCGGACUGGCCCCAGAUUUGGCGAGCCAGCCAAGAGUACCGCACUGUCCAAGAUGAAUUGGCACGCCUCAGAGUCACAGACACCAAUCGACCAUCAACAGACGACAACGAUGAUCCUGCCUCGUACCAUGAGUUUGCUGCACCUCUCUGGCAGCAGUUUGUAGUGGUUACUCAGCGUGUUUUCCAACAGUCCUGGCGAUCACCGUCUUACAUCUACUCCAAACUCACGCUGUGUAUCGCCACUAGCCUGUUCAUUGGGCUCGUCUUCUUCAACGCACCUCUAAGCAUUCAAGGACUUCAAAACCAGAUGUUCGCUAUAUUCGAGAUGAUGAGCAUCGUCGGGCAGUUGGUCGACCAACAAAUGCCCAACUUCCUCACUCAGCGCUCGCUAUAUGAAGUCCGCGAACGUCCUGCGAAGACAUACUCCUGGGUGGUCUUCAUGCUUAGCCAGAUUGUCUCCGAGCUUCCUUGGAGUACACUGGCCUCUGUGUUCAUGUGGGCUCUGUUCUAUUACCCCAUUGGCUUCUAUAAGAACGCUGAAGCUGCUGGUCAAGGUACUGAGAGGGGCGCACUAAUGUGGCUUUUGUUUUGGCAAUUUCUUGUUUGGGUUUCCACCUUUACACACAUGUGCAUCUCUUUCGUUGAUUCGGCCGAUGACGGUGGCAAUAUCGCCAACUUUCUUUUUGUCCUCGCCUUCUUCUUCUGCGGCGUGUUGGCUUCGCCUUCCCAGAUGCCUGGAUUCUGGAUCUUCUUGUAUCGGGCGUCGCCAUUGUCAUACUGGGUCUCAGCUAUCUUGUCAACAGGUUUGGCCAACGUCAAUGUGACGUGUACAGACAAAGAGUUCACCACCUUCAGCCCCCCAGAUGGCCAAACGUGCGGCAACUAUAUGACGGAGUACAUCUCACGAGCAGGCGGUUACAUGCAAUACCCCAACGCAACAACAGAUUGCAGGUAUUGCAAAAUCAAGGACACGAACGUCUUUUUAGCGGCUGUCAGUUCCGAAUACGAUACCAGAUGGCGCAACUUUGGCAUUCUGUGGGUGUAUAUUGGGUUUAAUAUCUUUGCGGCUUUGGCGCUCUACUGGAUUGCUAGGAUGCCGAAAGGGAAGAAGAAGGUGUGAGCCAGCUCAACACUCAAGCUGGCCACGCUCGGUUGAGGUGUACUCCACUCACUUACGAUUGGGAUGACACUUGAGAAGUUCAAAGAUAUGGUGGCAACCCGAUGAUGGGAAGGAUGGACGGGCGAGUUUUCGAGUCGAUGUAAUAUAUGUAGAAGUACUAUGUAUUUGUAUUUUGCUGAUCGAAG